GCCUUAUAUUGCUGACAGAGCUUGGGUGGCCAAAAAAAGCCUGGAGUACAAGCCAACAGUGGAAGCGCAAAGGAAGAGAGGAGAGCGAGCAGGAUCGCCGCUGAAAUGGCCACCAAACUUGUGGAUCUGGUGUACUGGCGGAACAUGAGGAAGACCUGCGUGGUCUUCACGGGACUCGUGGUCUGUCUGGUCAGCCUGUUCCAGCUCAGCACCAUCACCGUGCUCUCCCACAUCUGUCUGGGUGUCAUGUGUGUCACCUUCUCUCUCCGUCUCUACUAUAAGCUGUUGGAGCUGCUGCGCUGGAACCCUGGGGUGCACCCCUUCCAGUCAUAUCUGGAUUACGACAGCUCUCUGACAGAUAAGGACACGGUGAUGCUGGUGGAGGAGGUGGUGCUACUGAUUGCAUUUGCCGUCACAGAGAUCAAGCGCCUCCUUUUCAUUGACAGCAUGAUCGACUCUAUUAAGUUCGUUGUGCUCCUGUAUCUGUUGACCUAUGUCGGCGUCCUAGCCAACGGACUGACUCUGAUCAUAACUGCUGUGAUCGCUAUUUUCUCUCUUCCUCUGUUGUACAAAAAGCAGCAGGUGCGGAUAAGGAGGGUGGUUAGAGCCGUCAAAGCUUUUGUAAAGAAAAUCAAAAACCUGUGCCUCAGUCUGUAUGAUUCAGUGAGAUCCUCUCCUGCUCCUGCACCUGCCCCAAAACCUGGAUCCAUUGCUGUAGCUGCCCCCAAACAGAAAGCCAAGUCAAAGUAACUUGUUUUGUUACAUGUUGAGAAAGCACUCAGGAUUUGGGAUUUGGAAAAUGUUGGAAUGGUACAUCUUCUGUGGGGCCCGCUGGAGGGGCUGCUCAUUUCCAUUUCUGCACCGCCAUGUUUGUUUACGGGAGCAAGAUUUAAUUGAUCGUGACAGCUGAAACAAAGCUGCCAUUCACUCAAGGACAGGAAGGGGAAGUGUAUGAGGAGAGGAAUUUUAUUUACAGAGAUGCUUUGUUGGCAGUGUUUAGUGUAACCAGUUCACACAGUCAUCUACACCAAACAGGGACAGUACAGAAUAUUACAGUUUUCCCUCCCUUCAAUAUCAAGUCUAUUUUUACAUAACUGGUGAGCACUGUGUUCCUGUUGAGCUGCAGAAUUAUUCAUGACAAAGUAAUGGAGCAUUAUUGCUGCUUUCAUUAGUUAGAAUUAUUUAUUUUUAGUUGAAUAGAAUAAAACUGACAUGAACUUCACCCGCCAUUAAUUAACAUUAAUAGUUUUGGGCUCGCUACAUUGAAGUAUCAGCAAAAGCUUUCUAAGCAGCAGCUGCUUACAACUUUAAUGAGACUUAUAUGAGAGAUGACGAGAGCACUGUUGACAUGUAAAUCGCAUUUAAUCAGGUACAAACUGUGACUUUCUGCUGCUCUUGGGGCAGUUAAAAGAUAUAAAGUGUUGCAACUCCUAACACGUGAGAGGAACUUCAACUGUCCUGCAGCUGAAGAGCAACUUUUUACUUUGCUGGUAACAGUAACCCACCGAACCAAAGCUGUGAGAGCAGCGAGAGUGAGCCAAAACUGUCAAGUCGAGUGCUAUAAAACCAAAAAAAAAAAAAAAAACAA